AGGCUUUCUGCUGUCCGCUGCCAGUAUCUUUAGAGUUGUUGACUGUUCGGUUGGAUGACCCUUUCUAGUUUCAUAUAUUUGUUUUAUCAUAAAAUAUGGCAAGAGUAUUGUUACUUUGCACGUUUAUCGCACUUUGUUCUGUAAAAAGUUACUCUGAAGCAACUUGUGCCGAGAUCUUUGUUUAUGUUAAUUUACAGUACUUAACUGAACAGCCUUUUCAGGGAAUUUUUAGCCAAGGUAGCAUUUUAGAAAAUUUAUACGGUGCUUCGCCUACACUUUUGCCGUCUGAAGAAAUUUGUUCUAAAGCCUUUAAUCAAAUAAACCCUUUAAGAUUAACGUUUAAGGUCAAUAGUUUCAGUCAUGAUUCACUUUGGGUUGCUCUUGUUGAAGGCGGAGGAACUUGUACUUUUGAGCGACAGGUGAAAGCUCUACAGAAUGCUGGUGCCUCCGCUGUGAUAAUUGGGCACUCUGUUUCUUUGACUUCAAGUCUGGGUUGGUUACAAGUUCCCGUUAUCUUUAUGGAGGCCAUAGAUUUUAUUUCUUUAAAGCGUUUGAUUAUAAACACUAACGGAGUACGUCUUGAUAUUAAUUUUAAAAAUGUUAAUCCUUGGGACGAUUUUCAAGAUGUUCUUUUUAAAGGAAGUUUGGGUUUAGUGGUUAUUUCAGUUUUUUUCUGUUUGGUGUCUUUGGCUACGUUUUUCAAGCAACGGCGCGCACGUGUGCUGGAGCAGCGAGAACAGCAACGGCGGGAAGCACUCAAGCGCGAGAGAACUUUAAAGAAGAUUAAGAAAUUCAAAACUUUUAAAUAUAAAAAUGCCCCUACUGAUGCUGAAGACACACUCGUUUCUUGCGUUAUCUGCUUGCAAGAUUUUCAAGAGGGACAGUUAUUGAGAGAACUCAUUUGUGGGCAUGGCCAGCAUUUCCACCAAUCGUGUAUUGACACUUGGCUGGCCGACCAAAGGCGUUGCCCCAUUUGCAUGUUGAAUAUUUACGGGCUGCUUUCUGAGGAGGACACGUGCCCGUCUUCGCCUUGUCCCUCCCAUACUAGCGACGAGGAAGUUGCCCUCUUAUUUCCUAGAACCAAUGAUAUGGCCCUUACUGUUGGCUUGGAAAUUGAGCCGCCCGUUGAGAAAAAUUCAUGGUGGCGCCGUAUAUGGCGUUUUCGUACUAAAAAACAUGUAGGCAGAGAGGAUAUGCCAAGUCUGAAUAAUAGUAAUGAUAAUAGUGGUGGUCAUAGUGAUUCUGCCGAUGACGAUAAUAAUGAUAAUAACAAUGCAAAUAAUAUUAUGUUUUCUUUCGAUGCUCACUAAAGUA